AUGCGGUCAUUGGAGAAAGGGGGGUACUACGUGUGGGGCUGUAUGUAAUGUGUACCACAUUGAUCAGGGGCGAUCAAUCCUGGUGGACCUCGUCGAAGAACCGAACGCAUGGGCCCGAGGAAGAUGCUUCCAAAACAUCCCAUCAUGGAAGACGCGAACACGGUGUCAAGUGCGCAACCCGUGCCAUGGGAACUCAGGGAGCAAGACGGGCCUGACCUUGUUUGGUCGUUUAGUUAUCUCACCAUUAAAGUAGUAUCCUUCGCCAGGCAAGAUCCCCAGGGGCUUGAGCUCAGCCUGAAGCAGAGUUUUCCGGUCAAUCCCAAUGGUUGGGUUAUGCCCGAGAAGUACGAACUGUUUUUGUAUGUGGCCAUGGAAAGAAGGGGGCCCUACGUGUGGGGCGUAUGUACCUCAUCCUAUCAUGAGCUGCGCCCCGUGUCGCAGGGCGCUGCGAGACGCGAAACUGGCGGGAGGCGCAACGAGGGGCGCAACAUCAUACAAAACCUUCACUUUGGGCUGUUACCAAACCUGUAUGCAGUGUGGACAUUAGUAACGUUUGCAAAUUUACCUGGCCAUUGUUUUCCUGCUCCCAUUGACAAAACCUCGAUCAAGUUCGCCAUUUUGGCCAAGAUCAAGAAUGGGCACUGCCAGAGGUGCCACUAUGACGACAGCCCUCUUCGAAAUGGGAUACUGCGAAGAGUUGGCCUAACGAAGACAUACGCCCCGAUUCCUUCGAUGCCACGGUGGAGAUUGAGCUUCAGUGGCCUUGAUGGUUCCACCCCAUUCUGGGUAAGGGUGGUGCAGACAGAGUUCACACCCCCCUAUGACCACCGGGCGUACACCUAUGGGAGUCGGCGGCCAGAGGCUUGUACUAUUCGCCUUGCGGCCUUGAAGCAUGGGGCGUCAUUACACUAUCACCAGUGGUGAUACGGACUUCAUUUAAUUGAAUGCAUCGCCGGGCUUUCUACAGUGCAAACACAGGCACCCACUGCCUUCAUAACCAUACAGAUGUUAGAGGUGGUCAUUCUCCUGCGUUG